AUGCGCUGGAUAUCCCUCCAACCAGCUUUGAAUCGGGCACGUCAGCUGGUAGCAGGUACAAGGACAAGCCUGUCCACACCAUGGGAUGGCGACGAUGGCAAGGCCGAUGAUGAGAAAGACGUUCCCAUGGAUAACCAAUCAUUUAGUCAGAACCCAAGGGAAUUUUGGCUUAAAAGAAAAUGUCGUCAUCAUCUCGGUACACUCCGGUGUACACCUUCGCAGGAUAAAAUACAUUUUUUCACGUACAAAGGCUCUUGGGUUGCAUUGUAUCGUCAGCCGUAUAAGGAAACAGGGAGCCCCUGGUUUGCGAAUAUGGAGAGACUUCAUUUUUAUGCAGUGCCGUGGAAAAGACACGUUCUCGAUGAUCUCAUGGAUGAGAUUCAUAAGACCCCUGUUAACGGAGAUCCCAAACAAGUCGCUGUGUACGAGGGGUUCAAGGCGGGGUCCAGUUCCCAAUGGAUGCAAGUGGCAUCUAAACAGCCCCGAUUCUUAUCGACUGUGGUCCUGGAUCAAGAUAAGAAGAGGCGUGUUGUUGAAGAUCUCCGGGAAUUUCUAGACCCCAGCACCAAGAGCUGGUACGAGUCCCGCGGCUCCCGUAUCGACGAGGCUAUCUCAUUCAUGGUCCGCCGGGUACUGGUAAGUCAAGCCUUUGGCCCUGAUGAGACCAUCUUGGCUACUUUGUUCCGAGACCUACCAAAACAUUGCAUUGUUCUCCUGGAAGACAUCGACGAAGCCGGCAUCAAGAAGCGCAGCAGCGAUAGCCCCCCGAGCGGAAAGCCAGAUCACAGUGGAGUCGACCGUAUCCAGUGGUCAGCUGGGAGUGUCACCCUUUCCGCCGUCUUGAACGCUACUGACGGCGUAGCAGCGCAAGAGAAUCGCGUUUUGAUCAUGACCACCAACCACCCCGAGCGGCUGGAUCCCGCUCUCUUACGGCCAGGGCGUGUGGACAUGAAAAUCAACAUGGGUCCAGUCCAAUGGCAAGAAGCUCGGCAGAUUUUUCUCAUGGUUUAUUUGCAACCUACCGACACUCAUUUUAUGGAGAUCACACCAUUAUCCAUACCAGCCAACCCUGAUUGGAGGCUGGAAGAUAUUGAUAACUUAUCCACUGCGUUCGCCAGCGAAAUCCCUUCGGGCCGGUUCACAGCUGCGGAGUUACAGAGAUAUCUUUUGCAGUACAAGCAUGAUCCUUCUGCCGCAGUGCGCAACGUGAAGCGGUUAUUAUUCGGUCUUGAGUGCGACACGGACCUAUCGGCGUUUCGCAUCACAGAAUCGUCUCAUCAACUUAGAUUCCACGACACCGCCUGCUGUAUCAGAGUUAGUGCCCAUAUAUUCUUGUGGGACUUGCCAGAACCUUGUAUCCUUCUUAUUCAGCGCGCUCUUUGCGAUAGCAAACCUGGAUUUUGGGAGGUACCCGCUGGGAGUUGCGAAGAACAGGACAAAACACCGCGAGAUGCCCUAGAGCGAGAGGUUCGGGAAGAGACUGGCCUGCAGCUAUCCCGAGUCAUUGACGCCCUCCCGAUUCAGACCUGA